AUGUCUGCCAUAUUAUACUACAUCGAGCUCUUUCUCGGUGGGUAUAUUGCACUGACGCUUGCUCUCUACACCGUCUCACUUCAAGUCCCAGCAGCUGGCUUCUACGCGCGCUCACUCGCCUCAUACUUCGGACUGCUCAUCUCCUCGAUCUAUGCCUUCUUCGUGACCAUAGUCCUGCGUCUCUUUGGCCAGAGUCGAAGUGCGCAAUUCGCAAGCGGCCGGGGCAUCAAAUAUAUCCUGAAGUACCUGAUCGGUGUAACGUUUACAGUCGAGGACCCCAAUAACUACCUGAAUACCAUCCGUCCCGCCGUCUUCCUUGGAAAUCACCAGACGGAAUUGGAUGUGCUGAUGCUGGGCACGAUAUUCCCGAAAUACUGCUCCGUCACCGCGAAGAAGUCGUUGAAGUACAUACCUUUUAUGGGCUGGUUCAUGGCGCUUUCCAACACCGUCUUUGUCGACCGAGCGAACGCGGUCAGUGCUAGGAGUGCAAUGACUGGUGCGGCCGAGGAAAUCAAGAAGAAGAAGCAGAGCGUCUACAUCUUCCCUGAGGGUACAAGGAGUUAUACAAAAGAACCGGUGCUAUUACCUUUCAAGAAAGGCGCUUUCCACCUGGCAGUGCAAGCAGGUGUGCCAAUCGUGCCAGUGGUAGUAGCGAAUUAUUCGAAUAUCUUGUAUGUGCAAGGACGGAUAUUCAAAUCGGGGGAGAUUCCGGUCAAAGUCUUACAACCCAUCGAGACGAAGCACCUGACAUCCGCGGAUGUGGACGAUUUAGCUCGGGAUACAAGGGAAUUGAUGCUCAAGGAGCUCAUUAGCUUGACGGAGAGAGCAAGGGGGCAUCCUAUCUCAAUGCCAGCCCAGGAUCUGGCAGACGGAGUAGUGAAAGCGAGCGGCGCAAGAGUCACUAUGUCAUAG